AUGAUCUAUAUAAAAUGCUUCACGCUUAUUUCAUUUACAAUAAUUAUCUAUGGAACAUUUGGACAAUAUUAUAAAAUAUGGAGCGAAUAUCCACGGUCAAUUCUACAAAAUGAAGAAAGAUUAACAAAACGUCCUUGGACUUUACGUGACCCACUGAAUUGUUGCUUGGAUAAUGCUAAAUGUUGUAGGCGUAAAAGGUACUUUGGAAGAAAACUGGAUGAAGAUGACGAAGAUAAAUUUGGUUUGACACGGGGAAAACACUUUUGGAAAAAUCGUGUAUAUCAGAUUAGAAAUCGAAUGAAUCCACUACUGAUAAAAAAAAUUUACUCAUGA